CGUUAUGCAAGUGAAUAUAACAUUGAUAUAGAAACAUGAACAAGAUAAAAUUUUAUACGUUACUACAAAACAAAGCAAAUGUUGCCUAAUGUAAUCAUCAGAGCAAUAACCGUCUUAACAUGCGGACUUACAUCCCAUAUUUCAAUGUCACCGUCCUCUCUCGAGGACCCGCUGGUGUUUAUAGCGAACCCCGUGGAGGCAAUGAUGCCCGGGCACUGGAUACCCGCAAGCGUUAUCAAGGCAAUACUGGGAGGGGUCAAGACCACAAGGACUAUUGUGCAAUUACGAAAAACUGUCACUCGUAAACUAACAACAACAACUACGCCUGAGCCUACUACUACAGAAGCAACAACACUACCGCCAACUACGACCACAACUACUACAACUAUCCCGCCGCCCACUGACGCACCUACAACAACAACUCCGGAAACAACAACUUUGCCGUCUACAACGACUACACCUACGACAACGACAACUCCAACAACUACCACACCAACAACAACCACGCCAACAACAACCACACCAACAACAACCACGCCAAAAACAACCACACCAACAACAACCACACCAACAACAACCACACCAACAACUACUACACCAACAACUACUACACCAACAACAACCACACCAACAACUACUACACCAACGACUACUACGACGCCGACGACUACCACCCCAACGACUACUACGACGCCGACGACUACCACCCCAACGACGACUACGCCGACCACAACUACCACCCCAACAACUACCACAACAACGACUACAACAACGACUACAACAACAACAACAACUCCUAAACCGAGACCCAAUCGUAAACCAAAACGAUUCACCGAUGGUCAUGAUAAUUUAACAUAAAUUAAAAUUAUAACAUUGUAAUAUUUAGUAAGUUA